ACACACUGACACACCGGCCUGUGUUCUAGUCCUCGGUCUCUCCACCUGCAUGAUCUGUGAGCCAGGUGAGUCAUGAGUGUAAGUACGAGUAGUGGGUGUGGUGUGCUUCUCGUGGCGUGUAUGCUUCACUACAUAUAGGCCAGUGGCAAACCAGCGAGGUAGCUUUUCGUUUACACAAAGCAGCGGAGCGGCAGCGGGACGCGGGCUGUCGUCUGUGCCUCGUCCUGUAAUCAUCUCUGGCACCAGCAGAAUCUCACGUCGGCUGCUAAGUUUGCAGGAUGAACUUCAAGAACUUCAGGGAGUACCUGGCCUGGCUGUACUACCAGUACCUGCUGAUCACCGGCAUCUAUGUCCUGGAGCCCUGGGAAAAGUCGAUCUUCAACUCCAUCCUCUUCUCCGCCAUCGGCAUGGUGAUCUACACCUCAUAUGUCUUUGUGCCCAUCCACGUGCGCCUUGCACUGGAGUUUUUCUCUGGGAUCUUUGGCGGCCAGCCUGAGAGCACCAUGGCACUCAUGAACUAGUAAAAGGGGUGAAUAUGGGGGUGUGGGGAGGGCUGGGGGUGGAUGUGAGGCAGCGACUAGGUGGAUUAGCAUGAGUCCCCAAAUCAUUUCCUACAACUCAACUCCUCCACAGUCAUCCUGAACCACAGCUGUCGAUCAUCUCAGCUAAUCGAGACUGAAAACAUGAAGAUCUUAAUGGAAUGAUCUGGAAAUCAGAGCCUUACUAUCUUCUUUACAUCCCAAACCCUCUGGCCUUACCCCGCGGUAUUAGACACACGAUUGUACAUUACUUUCACACUGUUGCUGUGAAACGUCUUGUGAAAUGUUGUUUGUCCUGUUUGUUUGUUUGUUUGUUUUUGUUUUCCUCACCACAUGUCCUGUGUGAGUGCAUCCCACCUUGGGGUUUUGCAUGAUAGGGUCUUACGUGGGUGCUACAUUUGCAUGCUUGUCACACUAUGGAAUACCACUAGGCUUUUUUUUCUUUUCAUCAUAACUUAGUAUUUAAAGAGGCAUUGCAGCAAUUUAAUUAGUCAUUUCCAUAAAAUGGAAGGACUUUUUACAAAUAGAUUUGAAAGAGAAUAGUCAUAAACAAAGCUGCACAGACCAAGAUAUCCAUAUCCUAAAACAGUCUAUCCUGUAUUUCCUAUAAUUCAACCCAACCGGGUCUUUUGGUAGGCCCUUUCUGACAGGUACUCACUUAUUUAAACUCAAGUGUGCAACACAGCCUCGGCUGAAAAUGUGUUUGUCUCCGAGAGCGAGGAGAAAUGGUGCAGAUUACGUUAUCUGCAUUACUUUUCAGUCUUUGGUUGUCUCAGUAACCUCUGUUUUUGUAGACAGCCUAUAGUCGACUAAGUGUCUCUCUAAGCACACUACAGAGUAAACCACAGAGUGUUUAUUAUGUAACGUGUAGUGAACAUGUGAAUAAAGGAGUGAUUUCAGACGCAGCUCCAUUCACAAACACAGAAGACAAACAACUGUUUUCACAGGCUGAGUAGGACUCUCUGUGAUGAGUUAACUGAACUUGAUGUGUUAAAUUAGUGGAGUGCCCCUUUAAGUAUAAGUUAGUCCCUGCUUAUUUCCUACAUCUUUGACAGCACCACAUUUCCACUGAUUGUGAAACGCUGUCUGAUAAAAAUGAGAGUUAUUAGUCAUCUCAACGUUUUUGACAUGCACUUAUUGUUACUGGUUGAUCUAUGGUUUUGUAUCAGAACCACUAUCACCUUCAUUAGUUGCCUUUCUGCACUGUAGCGCUAACUGGAAGGGUCCAUUGCACAUUUCAUGUCACUGUGUAGCUGACAUUCAAAGAGAGAGCGGAAAAGCCUAAGCUAUGCAAUGAAUUUAAAAGUGUCACAAUCGGGGAUCUGUUGAGAAAUAUUAGUCCCAGGCCCACAUUUAUAGAUUUAGCAUUCAAAAUGAGUAAUAAAAAUUAAAUGAUGGCCCUCUCGUUGUCUUUUGUCCUUCUCACUCAGUGGUAUGUCAGGAAGGUGUGCUCAGCACUGAGCACGAGCAAAUAUUGAUACAACACACCUUUGCAUUUUAGGCUUGGCUUUGCUAAUGACGUAGCUUUACUUAAUCAACAGCCUCUGAACUCAAAGCAGAACUGCAAAAUGCAAAGACUAACGCUGUCAAAUUGGGCUGAGUGGGAAGUAAAGCCAGCAGAAAACACGGUCUUCCUCACCUAUAGUUGAUCUAUAGAGAAUGAACUGGAGGAGAAAGAAUGAGUCGUAGUGUAUCUGGUAGCUGUGAUGAGUAUUGCAUUUAAUUGUGUGCUUAAAAUCAUCUUUGAUUAUUUUUGCUUUGGGUCAAGGGCUCGCUGAUUACACAGUCUAAUCAUGAUCUCUAAGUUAACUUUAUUUAUACGGAGUUUUAUAUUUAUAUGCACUGGUAAAUGCUUGGCUGGUUACAAUGUCAAUUACCAAACGUCUUUGAUUAUUUAUAUGUGUGUUCUCUUGUGGCCAUUAAUAACACAUCAUUUGUUUGUUACUUUGUUUUUCCACCUGAAAGUGCUUUUAUAUUGUUCCCAGUUUGUUGCAUUUCAUUUAAGUUAUGUUGAACACAUUGCAGUAGUCCCAGACAUUUCCUGUGGCAAGACUUUUUUCACCAUUCACCAAAAUGAAUGUCAUAUUUAUACGUGAUAGCAACACGUCGCUAACAUUCAGAAAAUAAAGACAUCUGA